AUGCAAGCCCUCCAGGAGUCGAACCCAGGCACUGUAGUUCUGUGGAAAUACAAAGCUAUUGCUGAAGGCGUUUAUUACAGCAACAUGGAGGUAUUUGAACGAGUGUUUUGGGCCUUUAAGCCUUCCAUCGAUGGGUUCAAACACUGCAUGCCUCUGUUAUCUAUUGAUGAGACACACUUGUAUGGGAAAUAUAAAGGCACACUUUUGGUUGCUACAAGUGUUGAUGCUAAUUUUCAGGUAUUUCCUUUAGCAUUUGCAAUAGUUGAAGGGGAAAACACCUCGAGUUGGUCCUGGUUUCUAAGCUGCAUUCGGGUUCAUGUUACUGAUCGAGAGGGCCUAUGUGUUAUAUCUGACCGACAUGCGGGGAUUAUUGCUGCGAUGACUAACCCGGAUGUUGGAUUUCAUGAGCCACGGGCCUUUCACAGGUUUUGCGUUCGACAAAUGGCCUCUAACUUGAGGACCCAUGUGAAAAACAACGACAUGAGAGACAGGUUCAAGGCUGCUGCAUACCAACGCCAAGAAAAAAAAUUGGUUGAAGAUAUGCAUUAUAUCGGCGAAGCUUGUGUUAAGUCCCUAGAGUACAUCACGGAUGUGCCGUUUCACAGAUGGUCCUUGUUUCAUGACGCUGGUCGGAGGCAUGGUAUAUGUACUACAAAUUUCUCAGAAACUUUUAACAAUGUGUUGAAGGGAGCUCGUUUUCUGCCAAUCAUGUCCCUUGUCGAAUUAACUUUCCACAGAGUUAACAAGUACUUUAACAGAAGCAGAGAUAGUUCACUUGCUAGGCGUGCUCACGGAUAUGCAUACUCACCUAAGGUCACCGCCAUUUUGGAGAAGAAUAAUAGAAAGGCAAAAUACCAUACAGUGGAUGUUUAUAGCCGUCAGCUUGAGAUCAUGGAGGGACAGGAUCAGGGGCAGACAGGACAUGACCCUGGACCAGCUGACCCUUCAGUGCUGACACUUCAGGAUACCCAUCGGAGCCGUGACAUAUGGGAGCAGAUAGGUGAUCCAGCACGUUGCUUGGUUUGCAGGCACCACGUUGCCACCACGGUGGUAGAUUGGGUGGUCGACCCCCGUGUGCUACAGUACAUCGAUUUUGUGGUUAUUGUUGUGGUUCCUGUUGUUAAGGUUGUAGUAGUUGUUGUGAUUGUUGUUGAUGCUCUUGUUGGGGUUGUCGCUGUUGCUCUUGUUGGGGUUGUCGCUGUUGUUGUUAGAUAA